AUGGCAUUCGUCUCCACCCCGCUCCCGCACCUGUCCACGACCAGCACGAGCCGCGCGGCCUCGCAGUGCGCCAGCGUGGCGCCAGUGCGGGCCGGGUCAUUCGCACCCCGGCGCAGCGGGAUCAAUGCGGCGAGUGCCGCGCAGAGGUGCGGGUCGGCGGCGGGGCAGGCGGUGCCGAUGUGCAUGUCUGCGCGGCUGAAGACGGCGAUCGUGACUGGGGCGUCGUCGUCGAUCGGGCUGCACGCGGCGAAGGAGCUUGCGGGGCGCGGGGACUACCACGUGGUGAUGGCGGUGCGCAACCCGGGCAAGGCGGAGGCGGCGGCCAAGGCGGUGGGGAUGCCCGCGGACUCGUACACGGUGGUGCCGCUGGACCUGGCGCGGCUGCAGUCGGUGCGGGAGUUUGUGACGGCGGUGGGCGUGGCCGGGGUGCCGCCCGUGGCGGCGCUGGUGUGCAACGCGGCGACGUGGCACCCGCGCGACAAGAAGCCGCGGUUCACCGAGGACGGGUUUGACGAGACGGUGCAGGUGAACCACCUCGGGCACUUUCUGCUCGCCAACUUGCUGCUGCCGCAGCUCAAGCUGAACCGCGGGCGGUGCGUGUUCCUGGCGACGCAGACGCACAACCCGGACACGCUGCCGGGCAAGGUGCCGCCGCAGGCGGACCUCGGCGAGCUGGAGGGGCUCGUGGGCGGGUUCAAGACGCUGCCCGGGACGAUUGACGGGAAGAAGUUCGAGCCGACCAAGGCGUACAAGGACUCGAAGGUGUGCAACAUCCUGACGAUGACGGAGAUGAACCGGCGGUAUGGGACGGACGGAGUGACGUUCUCCGCGGUGUUCCCCGGGUGCAUCGCGCAGAGCGAGCUGUUCAGGGAGAAGCGCGGGUGGUUCAGGGCGCUGUUCCCGCUGUUCCAGCGGUACAUCACCAAGCAGCUGGUGCCUGUCGAGGAGGCCGGGCGGCGCGUGGCGCUCGUCGCCUCGGACGGGAGGUUUGGAGACUCGGGCAGGUACUGGCAGUGGAGGGGCAGCUACUUGCAGGGCAUGGAUAAGACGACGCCCGUGCCGAUCGACCCGACGGAGAGGGAGGCGGGCAAGGCGGAGAAGCUGUGGGAGCUCAGCGCUAAGCUGGUCAACAUGGGCGUGUGAUUGGACGGACUGUACUGUACUUGUACAUGUUGCUGUACUUGUACAUAAUGUACUGUAGUAGUUUGUGAGGUAACAGUAUAAAAAGAAGGCGCUACCGGUGGAUGUUGGCAUGCGCGUGCGGGGACUAGGACAGGCUGUCCGAUCGCAGUCAGUAGCGAGACAAGUGACUUAGUGGACCGUCGGGACGGUUGUCCUGGAUACUGUAUGAGGUUAUAUUUCGACUGUCCUCAUUCUCGACACAUGGACAAGGAAAGAAAAAUAGAAAUAUAAUUGCAUGUUGCUCCUGGUCGUUUUUAGACAUGUGUGGAAAA